ACCAUUAAACGUAGCUGACUUUGGUGUGUGCGCUGAUCGGCUAACGGCGCUCAAAGGACCUAACUUUCCCACCAUGGCGAGUGGACUGCCAGUCGGAAAUGGAAUGGCCAAUGAUAGGCAAUCAUGGCGUUCAUACACACGCACCCUGUUGGUUGAGGUUGCAUUAAAAUGUCGCUGUCCUCAAUUAAAACAUCCCCCAGUCAGUUUUAUCUCCUUUUAUAGUUUAUUCUCUCCAUUUCAUCAUCUCCACCACCUAAUUUUAUCUUUAGCAAAAAUCUGUUACGUUUUCAUUUCGAAGUCAUUUUAGGGUAUUUUGUUGAUCCUCUAACUUCACUUUUAGAACUACACAUUUCCUUUUUCUCACUUCCUCAUUUUUGUUUCCCUUUUUUUUUUUUUUUCUGUGCAAUUGGUCAGUUCUUUCCCUGAAAGGCUUGGUCCAAUUCGUUAAAGAAAGGGAGAAAAAUAAUUUGUAGAUGUAUCAUGUAUUGUUCCAUGUGGGUAUUGAAAAUUUUGAUUCUUUGAGGUGUGUCUAGAAUUGGGUAUGGUAAAGUUUCAGUCUUUUCAGAUGAUUUGCCGCUGGAUAUUGGAGAUUCUGAUUGUUCCGUGAAUAGCUGGAAGAGGGUAUUGGUGGUUUUGAUUCUUCAAGGAAAUUUGUAAGUGGUAUUGGAUAUUUUGGUAUAGAAGGAGAGUCUUGAGGUUUGGAAUUGAAUAAAUUUUGCAUUCAAAA